GUGGUGACUGGAAAGAGAAAAGGAAAAAUGGAUGAUGUCGUUCUGCUACUUCCAAACAUCAGAAGUUGUCCAAAGAUGUGACCUAUGGUGAGGGAAUGGAUGUAAUCAGCAGCUUUUCGGACAACGUUCUCCAUCACAUCCUCUCCUUCCUUUCAACCGAAGACUCCAUACGAACUUCUAUAUUAUCGAGAAGAUGGCAAUAUUUAUGGACCUCCAUUUCAGACAUCAAUUUGGAUGAUAUUUCUUGGUCAAAGGAUAUUGACAAAAUUAAAGAUCAGUGUCCAAUGUGUCAUAGGUUCUCAGAUUUCGUGGAUAGAGUUCUCCUUCUUCAUGAUGCUUCAGAUAUUAGAAGACUUCAUCUUAAUAUUCUUGACCCUGUGAAUUCUUCUCGUCUGAAUUCAUGGAUCUCUGCUGCUAUAAGGCACAAUGUUCAAGAGCUCGAUCUUGACUUGCCUGUGAGAACGCGCUUUCUGUUGCCUUGUUGCCUUUUUACUUGUGAAUCGCUACUUGUGUUGAAGUUAUUUAUGCAAUGCGUUUUGAAACCUCCUAGUUUUAUUUACUUGUCGAGCCUCAAGACCUUGGUGUUUGACAACCUUACAUUUUCUGAUGACGAAUCGACACAACACCUAUUUUCUAAUUGUCCGGUGCUUCAAGAGUUGGCCUUAAUGAAUUGUGGAUGGAAGAAUAUAAAGACUCUCACCAUUUCUGUUCCAACACUAAAGAGAUUGACUAUUGAAGAUGAUCGAAGUUUAUGGGCUGAUGCACUCAGUUGUGCGGUCAAAGUUCAUGCUCCAAAUCUCAUCUGCCUGAAGUUCACUAGUACUCUGAAGGGUCACUUCCAUUUAUGUGGCAUAUCUUCCUUAGUCAAUGCAUCUAUUGACCUUCCACAUCGAGUUCUGUCGCAGCAACACGCUUCUCGUGUAAUAGGAGUGCUUACUGGGAUUUGCAAUGUUAAAAGUUUGACAGUAUUAGCUGAUACGCUUCUGAUAAUAACGUGGUUCGUCUUCCUACGUUUUCCCAAUAUGACCGAUUUGGAGCUGAAUGCAGAAUUUUGUGGUGACUUGACUGGUGGUCUGAUCAACUUGCUUGAAAAAUCACCUAAGCUAGAGUUUCUUGACUUUGCUCAGGGCUUCGACUCAGAUUUUAUCCAUGACCAUGAGGUUUGUUUGAUGUUGGAAAGAGUUCCUUCCUGUUGUUGCUUUAAAUGGUUUAGCCUUUCUUACUUCAAAGGGAAGCCGGCAGAGAUGCAUUUUCUAAGACUUUUGUUGAAGAAUGCAACUGUGUUGAAGAAGAUGACGUUAUACUGUGAGCCUAUAUUAUCUGAAGAUUCGGAAAAAGAAGAGGAGGUCAACAAUCAGUUGAGGGGAUUUCCAAGAAGAUCAGAAAGCUGUGUUAUUGAGUUGCUUUGAAACCUUUGAUCAACUUUCUCGGAAGCUCAGUUGUCUUAUCGUUGAUCGUUUCAAGAUAUCUAGUGGUUACUUGUCUAUUUCAAGCUCAUUUCAAAACACUUGCAAUGUUUCUCAGGAGUUUGUUGGAAAACACACAAGGCUUGUGCCCUUUUGAACUGUUUAAGGAGCUCCGAUUUGGAGAGGAUCAUGGGAUGUCGUGCAGAUCGGUUAUAUCGAAAUGAUCUUGUAUUUUGUAAUUUGUGUAUUAGGAAUGACGUCGAACUUUUCCUUUUCGUGGACAGGUCUAAUGGACCUCGCGAAAUAUCCACUAGCACUAUUAUUGAAAUUUGUCGGCGGAG